AUGCCUCCUCUAUCAUCAAUAAUCUUUGCGGUUCAGGGCUGUUUCAAUUUCCUGAACGGAGCUGCCCCUCUUUUAUCUUCUACAGCCGCAAGGAAAAAUGCCGAAAUGCUGCUGACGGACUCGAAACACGCUAUUCAUGUUUUAGCUCUGUCAUGUAUGUCAAUAGGCUCGCUCUACCUUGUCGCUGCUAAGAGAGGAGACAAGCUUGCCAUGUGGUUGUCAGUUGUUGGACGGACGAUUGCUGUUGGAAUCUUUUGGGUUGACGCUGGACCGUGGAGAAAAGUCGCGGUGUUUGAAGGGUUAUGUGCAGGUGUGCUUGCUGGAAGUUUGAUUUGGGAGUCUCGAGAUGGGAAACACGAGAAAAGGGAUUGA